GCUACAAAUAUUUGCUUAAAAUUUUUUUCUGUGAUCAUGAAUUUUCAUUUUUCUCGAGUAAAGACCUAUGUGGGAUUGCAGGGUGAUAUGAUAAUAAGUGUAUGUUUAACUUUUUAAACUGCCAAGCUCUUCUCCUUACAUUACCAGAGCGUGCUCCCCUCUUAACCAGAGACCUGACUGCGGUCCAGUUGAGCUGGGUUGGGCCUGGGGGCGAGGAAAGCCGGAGAAAUCUGAGGAUCUGGCACAUUCCCCUAAUUCCCGUGUUUUUCCUUGAUCAUUAUGAUGGGAGUGUGGCUUUUCCUCUCACGCUCUAAGGUGUCUUAACAGCUGGCCCUAAUACAUUUGCGCUUCGCGCUCAUAAGGUAUGAGUGAGGUAAAGAGACCGGAAGUGGGCUCUGUCACCAUGGGAACCGAAGAGCCAAGACUUCCCAAGGAGUCGAAUUACUGAGUCUGCGCAGUCCUGGCCUCAUCAUUGGCCACGCCCCCAGUCUGCCUUGCUCCUUCGCUCUUGGGUCGCGAUGGAAAGGUGGAUGGAUACUUUGGGAAAUCGAUUAUGGCGAAUACUACAGCAUCCUUUCCCGUGAGAAACUCACGCUGUAGUUGGAAAGACAAUAUGGAAUCAAACGAUUUCAAUAUUUUUUUAAAGUACCAUCAAUAAUAGAGGAAUGCAAAGUUCAGAAAAAUUUGACCCACGCUCAAGGGAGAUCAAGGAAGAUGACCCGCGGAGGUUUUCCUUAAGGAGAAGAACUUGCGGAAGGUAAGCAAGCUAAGCAAGAAAAAUACCUUGGUUCUAGAAGAUUAGAACAUAUUCAGCAAAAUGAACACAUCCAUAUAAAUGGGGCUUAAAGGAUGGCCUCCUCAGAUCUGGAACAAUUAUGCUCUCAUAUUAAUGAAAAGAUUGGCAAUAUUAAAAGGACUCUGUCACUAAGAAACUGUGGUCAGGAACCUACCUUGAAGACCACAUUAGAUAAAAUAGGAAAUGAGAUCAUUGUAGUAAAUGAACUUCUAAAUAAAUUGGAAUUGGAGAUUCAGUAUCAAGAACAAACCAACCAUUCACUCAAGGAACUCUGUGAAUCUCUUGAAGAGGAUUAUAAAGAUGUGGAGCAUCUCAAAGAAAACAUUCCUCCCCAUUUGCCUCAAGUAACAGUAAGCCAGAACUGCGCUAAUGUGACAGGUCUUGACCCUGAAGAACCAGUCAAAGUGGAGGAAACUGCACCCACAAAGAAGCCCCCAAAAGAACAAAGAAGUAUUAAAGAAAUGCCAUUUAUAACUUCUGAUGAAUUCAAUGGCAUUCCAGCGUACAUGAAGUCUCGCUUAACCUAUUGUCAAAUUAAUGAUGUUAUUAAAGAAAUCAACAAGGCAGUGGUUAGUAAAUAUAAGAUCCUACAUCAGCCAAAAAAGUCAAUGAGCUCCGUGGCCAGAAAUCUCUAUCACAGAUUUAUUGAUGAAGAAACAAAGGAUACCAAAGGUCAUUAUUUCAUAGUGGAAGCUGACAUCAAGGAGUUCACAGCUUUGAAAGCCGACAAGCGGUUUCACGUGAUACUGAAUAUAUUACGGCACUGCAGGAGGCUCUCAGAGGUCCGAGGGGGCGGCCUGACCCGCUACGUUAUAACCUGAAGCCCCUGGGAUCUUUUGAACUGGCCCACAAUGGGGCAUAGAGGCCACUCCCCUAGUUUCCUUCUGUGUAUAUACUUUCUUUGGCUUUUUCAUUUUCUUUUCUAGUUUCCUAGAAAGGUAAAACUUUUUAGUAAGUGAAGCAUAUAUAUUUGAAAAUUGACUUUCUUUCUGCACAUAUUUAACCCCCUACCAUAUGAGCCUCUGUGCUAGGUGUAUGAUAGAACUAAAAAAUACUCACGGUUAGUUUUUGUGUUUAGUGACAGUGCUGUAGACCCCAUAAGACAGAUACACAUGUGAUAAUGGAAGAAAAAG